AUGAGAAACAUGGGACGAUACGACAACGAAGGACUCGCCGUCAGCUGCGCGCAAAAACUCAAGGAAUUGGUCGGCACGAAACACAGCUCUGGUAUCCUUCCAGAUGCCCUGAUGAAUGCUCACCGUAGCGGUGGAGCUAAUCCGGCUCACACUGCUGGUGGACGUCUGGAACAGGCGCUCAGAUGGCUGGAUAACCCUGGAGUUGACGAUGGCGGUUUGGGACUUCGCGCUUUGAAGAUGAUGACGGAUGAUGCACGACGUCUGGCCGAUAGACUCAACCCACAAGAUCGUGGCCAUCUGCUCGGUCUGUGCUCCGAUAUCGAUCGAUUAGCUAAUCAAUUGGCUGAUUUGGAACGACGUGGCCUGGGUAAUACGCCUGAAGCGAACGCCAUUCGUCAACAACUGAAGGAUAAACUGCGGGAAUUGUCCGACUUCAUGAGAAGAAUCCUCACUGAUCGUGUGGUCGAAGACUUUGCCGACAUCACCACCCCUCUGAAGCAGUUUGUCGAGGCUGUCCACGCUGAACCACAUGCUCCCAACAGGGAAGGAAACUUCGUUGAUAAGGCUGAACGACUACAACAACACGCCAGCAGUAUGACAACCACUGGCAAGACUGGUAAUUUUUCUGCUCCAUUUUUGCUUCUUGUUGCUACAUGUGGCCCAUGCAAGAGCAAGAAUACCAUCGAGGCCAUUGUGGACAGCUGUGAGAAGAUCGAUCAAAUGACCCCACAAUUGGUUAACGCAGGAAAGAUUCGUCUCCAUAACCAGACGGAUUCGGCCGAGCAACACUUCGAGAACCUCCACAGGCAGUACGCUGACGCACUACAUCGUCUGCGAUCCCAUGUUGACGACGCCAUUGACACCCACGAGUUCGUCAGGGCCAGUGAGAAUGUAAGAUUUCAACAUGGGCUCAUUGAAGGGUUAAAAAAUCGGGUGUUGGCCAAGGAAGUCGAACCAGGACGAAUGGUGCGGAGGGGAGACGCAGUGCAUGUGAAACGCGGGUAA